AUGGUCCUGGAUCCGGUGAGUGCUCUGGGAGCUGCUGCUGCUAUCAUCCAAUUUCUAGACUUCGGCUGCAAGUUGUUGUCGAAACAACGCGACCUUGCAGAGAGUUCCCAAGGCACAUUGAUUGAACACGAAGAGUUGCUUGCUGUAACUCGACGAGUUGCUGAACUCAAUGGUCAAAUACAAAAUUGUGACAUCUCUCGCGACAACACGAAAAAACCAACACAAGCCGAGUCCGCCUUGAGGGAAGUCUCUGAAGAAUGCAGGAAGAUUGCCGCAGAAUUUCAGCACGUACUAGAGGGAAUCUCGGGUCGUCCUGGGCAGUCUUCCUUUAAAUCUUUUCGACAAGCGUUCAAGAUCGUCUGGCACAAGGAAGGGAUCGAGACGAUGCAACGCAGACUGGAUCAGCAGCGGUCGCAACUUAUUCUGCACCUGCUAGUGGUGAUCAGUGGGAACCAGAAAAGAGAUAUUGGAAGCUUGCUAGACGAAAGCCAACGGGUCGAAAUCAGCAUACUGCAGGCAAUUCGCGAUUCAAAUGCUGAAUUGAAAUCUUAUCUGGUGAAUCACCUCGCGCGGGAGCGAACUCAUGCGAGUCGAGAAAGCGCACAAACACUGUCGACACAGAAGCAGAACGCACUCUCUAUUGUUGCUACCGACAUCACUUCUCGCAUCGGUGUUGAUAAUGAAGAGCAUGCCCGAAACCUCAUCCUCGAUAGCCUUUACUUUCAACAGAUCGAGGAACGAAGGUUACGGAUACAUCCGGCUCACGAAAAGACUUGUCGAUGGGUCUUCAACAAACCAGAUGAGGGUGCGAAUACGGGACACAACUUUAGGACAUGGCUCGAAGACCAACUCGAGUCCUCGGGCCUCUACUGGGUAUCGGGGAAGAUUGGAAGUGGCAAGUCAACGCUUAUGCGAUUCAUCUAUGAAGCCGAAGAAACUAAGCUCGCAGCGCAUGUGUGGUCAAAACCCCUACCUUUACUAACAGCAAGCUGCUUUUUCUGGCUCGCGGGCACAGAGAUGCAAAAAUCGCGAUGUGGGCUCCUCCGGUCGCUAAUCCAUGACCUAUUGCGACAGGCUCCGGACUUGAUUCCCAUCGCAGCUCCUUCUCGCUGGCGUGCCGCCACAUUGGGAUCUAACCAACAAUCAUGGACCAAUACAGAACUAGAAACCACGCUGCUCAAAUUACUCGAAAACGGCAACAGAGAUUACCGAUUCUGUAUAUUUGUCGAUGGUCUUGAUGAGUUCGAGGGGGAUCAACGUUGUCAUUCAGACCUCGUAGAGUUCUUGGUCAAGUUAUCAUCCUGCUGCGGCGUCAAACUCUGCGUUUCGAGUCGGCGGUAUCCAGUUUUCGAAAGCGGAUUCGAAGAUUUCCCCCAACUGCGGAUGGAACGCUUAACACGAAAGGACAUCGAAGCCUUUGUAGUGGAUCAACUUGGCGAGAUCAAAGAAUUUGGUACCUUGGAGGCCGCUUAUCCAUCCACGUGCAAUGACGUGAUAAAGGAGAUCGUCGAGAAAGCUCAAGGAGUUUUCCUUUGGGUAUAUCUGGUUAUUCGAUCACUGAAACAAGGACUCAUCGAAGGCGAUUCAAUGGCCGUGCUCGUAACUCGCUUACGAGAGCUCCCGCCUGAUUUAGAUGAACUCUACCGUCGCAUUCUCCAAAGCAUCCCUAGUCAUCAGCGCCACUACGCAGCAGCAUGUUUCCAAAUUGUCCUUGGGUACAGUGGCCUCACUAUUCCUCGAAUGUCUCUUAUGACGCUUUGGUUUUUGGAAGAAGAAACGCUUGACUUUGCCGCCGCGACUCCGGUGGAACCUCUAGCAAAGGACAUUAUCAGAAGUCGACAUCUCAUGCUCAUCAGGCGCGUGGAAGGUCGCUGUAGAGGAUUACUUGAGGUUUUCGAGUUAGGCGACAAAGACACGCCAGCAGAGUACAGCGUGGACUACUUACACCGAAGUGUACGGGACUUUCUUAUGUCCCGCUCAGCACAGCGGCUACUGGCACUCCACUUGGAGUUCACCUUUGACACACGCCGGUAUCUAUGUCAGGCUUUCUUCGCUCAGCUCAAGAUGUCAUUCCCCCCAAAUCAUCCCGAGAGCUCAGAUGACAAGUCAUUGGAACGUUCAAGGGCUGUUUUCUAUGGUUUAUUUCUAAGCCAACUACGAGAAUGGACAGCGUCGCCCAGCACAUUACAGCCUGAAGUCUUCCAGGCAAUGGUUUCGCUAAUCAAUGACUAUGGAUACCUUUUCAUGCCAGAUGAUAUCGGCUCGAUGAAACGUUUAUUCCGAGACUUGAUAGACUCUGGAGACGAGACACACGUCAUGGAGCUAAUUCCUAAGCAUAACGAAGUCGACCUCGACCUUUCCCUCCAGCUUUUUGAUCUUAUUGGCACAUCUGUUAUACGGGGUCGUGCUGAUAUGUAUUACCGUGUUAUCAUUGCUCUACUAGAAAACGGUGCCAACCCGAAUCAGAAAGAGAGUUACUUGCGCAUCCUUAGCACAACUCCAUGGACCGGGUUUCUCAAGCUGGAGUGUGACCCCAACUACAAAGGGCGACACCCAAGCUCUUUGACGAGGCCAGGAGGACAGCCACAAUCAGAAGACGGUAGGCAGCAGGCAUUUUUAGCGGCGAGAGCGUUCAUUGAGCAUGGAGCGGCGAUAAGAACCCCAUCUGGUCAAUCUUGCCUCAAACUCAUCCACAAAGCCUUCCCAGGCUCUGAUGGCGAUGAGCUUGUUAGUCUUUUAGAGGCCAAAUCUCGACCGAAAUCUCGCUUUCAUAGAGCAACUCAGAAGCUGCUAGGUCGGGGUUCAGUAUAG